AUGUCUCUGCGACCCUUACUGGACACCUGCGAACUGCCAAAAGUCAUGACAGAUAUGCGCACACCUGCGGAGCAGCCCAAGCUGAAAUAUUUCGCGUCUAUUCUGCCUCGUCCCAUGACAACUGCCCGCUUGGUUAACCGAACUAUAGACGACGAGCUUGGCGAUAGCGUUACGGGCGUGAAACCCACAUACAGGCCUACCAACAACUGGGCGCAAGGAUCAACCUGCACGGGCUGCUUCCUCACCCCAAACAAGGUCGUCAAUGUCUCGCGGGCCUUCGACGGCACUUGGCACGACUCCACGUACACUCCGGAAACCCCGGGAAACUCGGACAACGCCAUCGACGCCUCGUUCAUGGGCACCGCCGUCUACGUGUACUUCAUCAUCCCUAACUUCGUCCAGUUCACGACCACCCUCGUGAACGUCAGCUUCUCGAUCGACGGCACCUUCUAUGGCCAGUACCAGCACAUUCCCUACACAACCUCUACCAUAUUAUACAAUACGCUCGUGUUCCACACGACGAACCUGGCAAAUACCGACCACACCAUAGAGAUCCGCGCGAGCGGGUCGAACGCAUCCCUUAUCCUGUUCGACAACAUGGUCUACACCGUCGACGAAGCUGAUCCCAGUUCUUCAUCUCUCGGAUCUACAUUCACGAUCGUCCCACCCACAUCAAACUCUCCUGACCCAUCCCCCUCCAGUGCUGCUACGGGAGCAGCGCGAGAGUUCCGGUCAUCUCCGCCGAUCGGUGCCAUUGCGGGCGGUGUAGCGGGUGGCGUAGCCAUCCUAUCCUUACUAUUCGUCUUAUACUGUUACCUCCGCAAACGGGCCACGAAGAGGGCGAGGCAACCGGAAAUAUCUGUCCAUACAGCCAUGGCAUACGUCUUUAAUUCGCCAAACCCUACCCUUGAACGGCCUUCAACACAUCCCGAUGCGCAAUCCUCGCACGAGAUGGAUAUCGGCAGCCUUGCGGCAUGGUCCACCAUGGCAUCCUACUCAAUCGCUCCGAUCCUCCCCCAAAGUUCCUCCCGCCCCAUAGUACCUGUGAGCAAGGGGCCCGAUUCGCAUGAGCCUGAGGUCAGGCCUACAGAGGCCCCUCCCCAGGACCCGCUUCCGAGCUCUGACGCACACGCGGGAGGCUCGCCCAGGCGAGACCGCGCGUUGCAAGUUAUUGUAGCGCUGCUUCAGGAAGAGCUCGAACGUUCGCGCCUGGAACGGCAAUUGGUAGCGUCGUUCGGAGAGCUCCCGCCGCGUACAACUGCGGCGACGCAGCGCUUCCAAACCCAAACCCAACUGCGAACUGCCAAGAAACUCAGUAGAUAUGCACAAACCGGCGUCGUAACUCCAGCCGAGCUAUGUACUGAGCCCCAAUCGACCCCAGGCACAUACACGGCCAAACUUCAUACACUGUCGAGUCCGCACUCGAACUUGGCUCCUCGAUUUUUCGCAAAAACAUGGGUUGCCGCUCGCUUGGUCAACCGGACUAUAGACGACGAGAAUGGCGAUAGCGUCACGGGCGUGAAGCCCGUAUACGCGCCCAGCGGUAACCCCUCCAGCCUCUGGACACAAGGAGCCACAUGUACCACGUGUAACCUGGCCGCGAAUACAGUCAUCGACGUCUCGCAGACCGUCGAUGGCACUUGGCACGACGCCACCUACAAGGGGCCGGCGAACCCACCCUAUACCAUCGAGGCCUCAUUUACGGGCACGGCGGUCUACGUGUACUUCAUCGUCCCCAACUUCGUCCCCCGCACCACGACCUAUGUGAACCUCAGCUUCUUGAUCGACGACGUCUUCUACAACCAGUACGAGCACGUUCCCGACCCGAAUUCCACCACUAUCAUGUACAACACGCUCGUCUUCCACACCACGGACUUGGUCAAUACCAACCACAACAUAGAAGUGCGCGCCAGCGGUUCCAAGCAAUCCGUCCUCCUUUUCGACAACAUGAUCUACACCGUUGACGAAGCCGACCAAAUUCCUGCUGCACUCGGAUCCGGAUCCUCAAUCGCCCUAGUACCCGCCUCGACGAACUCUCCUACUCAAUCUCCCCCAAGUAGUCUCCCUGGGGCGGUCCCAAAAUCACAAGCGUCUCCAUCUGUUAGUGCCAUCGCGGGCGGUGUAGCGGGCGGUAUAGCCAUCCUCUCCCUAGUGCUAGGCCUAUACUGCUGCCUCCGCAAACGACGUCAUCGGGAUCUUAUGCCCUCCCGCUGGGCGAGAAAACCCCAGGGAUCGCCCCAUCCAGCCAUGACCGACGCCUUUGACCCGCCCGUGGCUACUGCCUUUGCACGACCGCCCUUAAUGCAUGCUUCUAUGUCAUCAUCGUCCGAGGAGAAUACCGGCGGUGCGGGGUGGUCCAACAUUGCAUCUUACUCCGACAUUCCGAUCCUCCCUCGACCCCCAUCCCCCGAUCGCCUGAUAUCUGAGAGCAGAGGGCUCGAUCCGACUGAGUCCAAGCCCAGUGCAGAGGCCCCUUCCCAGGACUCACUCCCGAGCUCUGGCACACACACGGAAUCCUCGCGCAGACGAGAACCCACGAUACCGAUACGGGCUCUAGUGACGCUGCUCCAGGAAGAACUUGAAAGUUUGCGCGUGGAACGACAACUGGAUGCGUUGUAUAUAGAGCCCCCGCCACAUUACGAGGAAUGA